GAGGGUAGGGAAAAGGGGCUGGGAAAAAUCUCUGGGAGGAAGGAAGGGAGGGAAGAGAAAGGGUGGGUGUGUUUCUGCUCAGACUUCCGAGAGCUCGGGCUUAAGAGGCACCCAGGUUCCCCAGUUGCAGGAGACUUGCAGAUCUUGCCUGCCAGGAAGGCUAAUAUAUAUAAGAAAAAGAGCCUUGAGAUGGAGGCCAGCUCAGGGUCUGACUCUACCAGAAAGCUCUGAGAUGCCAGGUCCAGGGUACAAGGCACCCACAAGUUGAAAUCAUGGAGCCUGGGAAGGUGUCUGAGCCUCACAGCUUCAAAGAGAAAGUCUUUAAGAAGAAGAAAAAGGCUUGUGUUGUGUGCAAGGAAUCCAUUGAGGCCCAGGGGCUUGUCUGUAAAGUGUGCAAAGUGGCAAGCCAUAAAAAAUGUGAAGCCAAGGUUCCAUCGUCCUGCCAGCCCCUCCCUCCGCCUGAACUGAGGCGGAACACAGCCCCAGUCCGGCGCAUUGAACAUUUGGGUUCCACCAAGUCCCUCAACACUGCAAAGCAACGAAACACGCUGCCCCGGAGUUUCAGUUUGGACCACGUAAUGGAACGCAAAUAUGACUUUGACCUCAUCUACAUCACUGAGCGCAUCAUUUCAGUCUUCUUCCCCCCUGCCUUGGAGGAGCAACGUUAUCGUGGCAAUCUCCGGGAGGUAGCCCAGAUGCUAAAAUCCAAGCAUGAGGACAAGUACAUGCUCCUGAACCUGUCAGAGAAACGGCAUGACAUCAUCAGACUAAACCCAAAGGUGCAAGAUUUUGGCUGGCCGGACCUGCAUGCCCCACCACUGGACAAAAUCUGUUCCAUCUGCAAAGCCAUGGAGACCUGGCUGACCUCAGACCCACAACAUGUUGUUGUGCUUCACUGCAAGGGCAACAAGGGGAAGACAGGCGUCAUUGUAGCAGCUUAUAUGCACUACAGCAAAAUCUCUGCAAGUGCAGACCAGGCCCUCAGCACCCUGACCAUGCGCAAGUUCUGUGAGGACAAAGUGGCAGCCUCCCUGCAACCUUCCCAGAAGAGAUACAUCCAGUAUUUCAGUGGGUUACUCUCAGGCACAAUCAAGAUGAACAGCAAUACACUUUUUCUGCAUCACGUCCUGCUCCCGGCUAUCCCUACUUUUGAGGCUGGAGGAGGUUACCAACCUUUCUUGAAGAUCUACCAAUCCAUGCAACUGGUCUACACCUCUGGGAUCUACAGCCUCCAUGGCACAGGUGGGACUCAGAAGCUAUGCAUCACCUUGGAGCCAGCCUUGCUCCUGAAGGGGGAUGUCAUGGUGAAAUGCUACCAUAAACAGCUCCAGGGAAAUGAGCGGGACGUCGUAUUCCGUGUCCAAUUCCACACGUGUACCAUUCAUAGCACCCAACUCUGGUUUAGCAAAGAUGAGCUGGAUGAAGCUUGGAGAGAUGAACGAUUCCCCUUUGAAGCAAGUGUGGAAUUUGUCUUCUCUUCUAGUCCAGAGAAAAUCAAAGGUCGAGAAGCCUAUAGGAACAAUCCUGCCGUUGGAGUGGAUUACAGCAUCUCUGACCCUAUAGUUCGCUGGGACUCCUAUGAAAACUUUAAUUUGCACCAUGAGGAUAGUCUGGAAGAUGUCUUGCACACUCGGGGGCCUCUGGAUGGAAGCCUCUAUGCCAGAAUCAAGAAGAAAGGCGACCUCAGCAACUACUCUUCCACCAAUGGCAGCCCCAGCAGUCCAGAGUCGCCUCCGCAGCAAGAUGGGCGCCUCUUGUCCAUCAGUAGUGAUUCAGGGCACUCCUCUAUGCUGACUGAGAAGACAGAGGACAACACACCGCUGUCCAGGCCGCAGCCCACUGCUGCUGAGAAGGAAGAACUGGACAGGCUCUUGGGAGGAUUUGGCGUCCAGCCUCGACAACCAAGUGAAGGAAACGGUUCUCAUAUCAUUUCCCCUUCUGCCUCUAAAGAUAGAGAAACCGCCAUUUUGGAAGAUGAACUAUCAGACAUAAGUCAACCUGCGAUCCCCUUUUCCUACCAAACUCAACGCCCAGGCCUGACCCGCCAUUGCUCUUGUCGCCUUGGUUAUCGCUCCCACAGCCCCGAGAGGCCUCACCAUGUAGCCUAUUACAGACCAGAUGGCACUCUGGAGCGGAGACAGCCUAUCUAUAAUGGUGGGCACUCCCAUGCGCGGCCAGAGAACUAUGAGGAAAAACGACGAGCGUGUCGCUCCCUUUCCGAAGGCAUCCAGCCCCAUUCCUAUCCCUUCAGUCACGAACCUCUGCCCCCUCACAGCCCCGGACGGCGGGAGCAUGAGGAGCCGCUGCUAAUCCUGGAAGACCCACCCACUUUCUUGUGCCCUUGCCAAGACUGCCAAGAGGCAGCUCGAGAAGAAGCAAGGCUGCCCACUGCUUCCUUCUACAAUCUCCGUCUGGACCGGGAACCUGACUUGUGGGGCAUGGAGAGCCCAAGACCGCCCCUGCUUCAUCAUCCCCUCCACCGGGGUGGGCAGCCUGUGCCUCUUCUGAUGCCAGCUGCCUAUGGGCACCACCACCACAACAUUCCCCAUGGACAACAUCAAGCUUUCAGCUUUGAGCCCAAGAUGAUGGCAGCACAUCUCAGCCAUGGCUACCCAACCCACCAGAGGUCAAAAUUCACAGAGGAGGAAUUGGAUGCAUUUGCCUAUCCUCGCUACAGUCCUGUCUACCCCCCUCCAAUAGCACCCUAUGGCUAUAGCAGAGCCCCGGUCAAGACCUGUGUUUCCCCUUACACCUCAGGCUACUCGGGGUCUCCCCACUCAGGCUCUACUUCACCAACCAGUCCUCUGUAUCCACCAGCCAGGAAGCAUGGCUACGAGCCCCUAGAAGGCAGCGAUGGAUAUAUACUCCCACUGGCCACCGAAAGGCCACGGGAUCUGCAAGAUUGCAGGGAGGCCAUGCCCUGGCAGGAGGCUCCCAACUCCCUGCAGCAACAUCGGCAGGAGGGACGUGCUCCUUGCCCCGACGUGUCCAGCUCUCCUAUGCACACCAGCAGCCCAGUAUUCAGCAAUGACAGCCCUGGAACCCAUAAGCACAUCAGCAAGACUGCCAGCUCUCCUGAAAAUUUGCACCAGCCCAGCCCUGAAGAACUGGCUACGCCUAGCUGGAAAAGAGGGCCAGAGAAGGUGGCUUCUUCGUCAAGUAGCCCCACACAGACUCUGUCCCCAAUGCAGGCUUUCACACACCUCCCCACCUUGAGGCCCCAAGCUAAUGGCACAUCAUCCCCGAAGAUGGGUCUUCAGUCCCCCCAACCAUGUUCCCGUGCCACUUGCGCAUCCAACUCACCGCACAUUGCUCCUUCACCCACAGCCAAACAUGGUAUCUUCCCAGAGGGCCAACUGCACCAGAAUGGUUCAGAGAUAUCAAGCUCCUGCACCUCAGCAUUGUCCAAUGUGUUGCCUUCUGAAGAUCAUCUAGGACACCGACUUAGCCCUGUCAUUGAGAGACAGGCACAGAAGAGCAGCUCAGGACUUCCCUGCCACAGCCAACCUGCUCCCAGCUGCAGGACUGUACCUAGCACUCCAUCUUCUACUCAGGUUCCUGCGGUCUAUAAUGGGCGCCCCCGUGGUGAGAGAGCCGAGCCUGAGAUGAGCAACUUCCUUCAUUGCCCCAGCAGAAACCCCUCUCUCGGGCCCUGCUCAGUCAAUGUCCAGUCAACAUCCCUUAGUUAUGGUUUUUCUGACAUGCAGGGCUCACCCACCCCAGCCUUCCCCAUUGCAACAGCUUACUACACAGGCACAGAAAGCAGCCCCUCCAUCCGGGAGCAACUGUGUGAACCACAGCAACCUCCACUGCCAGAGAAACAUCACACUCUGGCAACCAGAAACUGGGAGAGGAGUUCACCACCAGGCCGGAGCCCUGGAUCUGCUCAUCAUGUCACCUUUGCACCUGGCGUACCCGAUGGCAGCACACCUGGCUCAGAUCCACCACAGCAAGAAAACCAAGUGAGCGUCAAAUUUGUCCAAGACACAUCAAAGUUCUGGUACAAGCCUCAUUUGUCACGGGACCAAGCUAUUGCCCUCCUAAAGAACAAGGAGCCCGGCACUUUCCUUAUCCGGGACAGCAACUCCUUCCAAGGGGCUUAUGGCCUGGCUCUCAAAGUGGCAACGCCUCCACCCAACAGCAUAAACCACUCCACCAAAGGAGACCCAGCUGAGCAGUUGGUGCGCCACUUCCUGGUUGAGACCGGGCCCAAGGGAGUAAAGAUCAAGGGCUGCAACAAUGAGCCCUAUUUUGGUAGCUUACCAGCCCUGGUCUCCCAGCACUCCAUCACCCCCAUCUCAUUGCCUUGCCGCCUCCACAUCCCAAACAAAGAUCUUGUGGAGGAAAGCCCAGAGCUGGCAGUCCCCACCAAUAUGAGCACAGCUGCUGACUUGCUGAAGCAGGGAGCAGCCUGCAGCGUGCUUUACCUGAGCUCUGUGGAAACUGAAUCCUUGACAGGUCCACAGGCUGUGGCUAAGGCAACCACCAGCACUUUGAGCACCACUCCUCGUCCUUCUGCCUCCGUUGUGCAUUUCAAGGUGUCGGCCCAGGGCAUCACCCUCACGGACAAUCAGAGAAAGUUGUUUUUCCGCCGUCAUUAUCCUGUCAAUACUGUCACUUUCUGCAGCACGGAUCCCCAAGACCGCAGGUGGGCCAACCCAGAUGGCACCACUUCCAAGGUCUUUGGCUUCGUAGCCAAGAAGCAAGGCAGCCCCUGUGAGAAUGUCUGCCACCUCUUUGCUGAGUUAGAUCCUGAGCAACCAGCAUCGGCGAUUGUCAAUUUCAUCACUAAAGUUAUGUUGGGGACUCACCGGAGAUGAAGACUACCAAGAUCUCCCACCUGGCCAUCCCUUCCUCUCCACUUUGACCACUGCUCUUUUGUCACCUGCAACAUGAUGCAGCAUGAGGAGAAACUAUUUUGGGACCGUUGGUAGGCCUAGGCAGAGAUACUCCUAGGAGUUUGCUACUCUGUCCUUUGUCACAGCUCGCCCCCCUUUUUUCAGCAAAAGAGUGUCAUCUAGUGCCAUCUGAUGUGAGGUACUGGAAAUUAUUAUUUUCCAGUGUGCCAGGGACCA